GCUGCACAUACACGCAUCCCGAUCCCAUAAUUUGGGCUCUACUAAACGACUGACUACAAGCUCAAGGGACACAGCCAUUGACAGAGUCUACUCAGUACCCAUUAAUAUUAGCUAGCCUUGCUCUCCGUCCAUGACCCUCGCGACGAGUUACCCCAAAUAAGUGACCUAAUGUACCACACACCGACUCUCGACCAUCAAGCCUCUAGAACCCUGCUAAAAGGGGUGACCAUCUCCAACGGAAACCUGCCGCCGUUCAUUCCAAGCUAGGCAAGAGGUGGUCGUACCGUACCGAGCUAACUAUCUGACGGACUGGGCGGAUUGUGCAUCCAUCGCAUCCCUUUAAUCCACCCGGUGGGCCCUCCGUGCCCACUCGAUAGUUCUACGGCCCUUCCAGAAACAUUCCGUGUCUGGUCAUAUGCGCCCCAUAGCUCGAGUCAAUUUGUCGGUCUGGGCAGCUCUGGUCUGGCUUGUCUGUUCUACGGAAACAUAGCCCACAUAUCCGGGAUGAUCAUCCAUCUCGUUAGGGAGCAUGUUGCUGUUCGGUGAGGUAAGCGAAAGAAGAGUGGAUCGUGGACUAGUUGUUGGGAGCGUUCCUUGCAUUAACGACUUACGUAUAUAGUACUCGGGGUGUUUCGUUAAGGGAUGGCGUUGUAGCCUUAAAGUCUAUUCUCUCUUCUCGGUAUGUCGUGGACUUCCCUUGUAUGCCUAGACACAGCAUCUGUUUGAGAAGGUUUGGGUGGAACAAAAGAAAACAUCUCAUGAGCAUUUCAUUCAUGUCUUUGGUGCCAGCAACAACUCCCCCUUCCCCCCUUUCGAGUCCUGCUGUAUCACGCACGGAAUUAUACACAAUGUGGCUGAACUUUCGCUGGCGCCGAAACAUGGAUGAGGCUGUAAGAACCAGAUCCCCGGCUCCUUGGCCAUUGUCUGAUCAAAUCCAAUGCACGAACCUACGUACCAUCCAGUCUUUUUCCCAGGGCUGACAUAUGCACCUUCCCG